CUCUGCCCUGGCCAAGGACCCUUGCCAAGCAUGCUGCCCUGGAGGAGAAACAAGUUCGUCCUGGUCAAGACAGAGAAGAAGGGCAAAGCUCUGAGUUACUCCUCUGCCCUGUCCUUGUUCCUGCGUUCCUGCCCUGACCUCCUGCCCCAGUUGCCCCUGGGCAGUGUCUUCAGCCCCAGGAAGCAGAAGGUGGAGCUGAAUAAAGAAGAGCCAUCUUACACGGUGUGGUACCUGGGCAAUGCUGUGACCCUCCAGGCCAAAGGAGAAGGCUGCACCCAGGACUGUGUCCAGAAGAUCUGGCAGAAGAGUGAGUUUGGGGGCUUCAGCACCAAAAUGAAGAUGACUUUGGGGGGUUUUGGGAUCAGGAUGACCCCCUGCCCCAGGGGCUCCAGGAAAGCGGUGCAUUCCUACCUGCUGCACAGGAUCACCCACUGCUCAGCAGACUCUGGCCACCCAAAGGUCUUCUCCUGGGUCUACAGGCACCAGAUCAAGAACAAGGCUGUGGUGCUGAGGUGCCAUGCUGUGCUGGUGUCUAGGGCAGAAAAGGCACAUGCCAUGGCCCUGACCCUGGGCCAGACCUCCCUGGCUGCCUUCAACGAGUUUAAGAGGCUGAAGAGGCAAAGUGACUUCAGGAGGGGGCAGCAGGAGCUUCUGGGCAGCUCUGUAGUGCCCCUGAUGCCCAAGAGGAAGCUUCUGAAUGGAACUUGCCCCUAUCACCCAUCGGCAGAGAGGACCAAGACUUACCCCAGGCUCAGCUCCAUCCUGGAGGAAGAGGAGGAUGCAGAGGAAGAGCGGGGCAGCCCGGGGCAGAAUUUCACUGCCCAGCAGGAGAGGGACACGAUUUUGGAACUGGCCAAUGAGCUGAGGAGGCUGAGCAUCCAAAGAGCCCUGUGCAAAAACCUCAGCUGUGCCUACAAGCCCCCCACCCAGCUCUGGAAGUGCCCCCUCAGGACUAUAUGCUGAUACUGCACUGUGGGGGUAACCAAGAUGCACAGUAGAUGGGGGGCAACUGGUGUCAGAGACUGCCCCCCCAUGGGAGGUUAUCCAUUCUAUUUAAUUCAGGAUCAGGUGCAGAUAAAUCCUCAUCUGCUGCAGAACAUCUUGGGCAGGGGAGCUACCAAUCUGCUUUCCUUCAAUUAGAUUGCCAGCUCUUCUCCCCAUGUGUUAUUAACUAUACCGCUGCCAGCUCACUCCCCAUCACCAUGCGCCAGGGGUUGGUAUCUGGAUCAGGGAGAGACAUUGGAGGCGACUUUGCCUUCCCGCAGAUGGAUCUGGAUCUAUAUAUAUACGAUAUUGAUGAUUAUUUAUUUAUUAUGUAAAUAAAUUAACCCUUCAUAA